UGGUUCUACUAAAUAAAAUACACUAUCCAAUUAACAUUAAAAUACUAUAUAAAUACUGCAUUGACAAUUAAUCCAUCAAAAACUAACCCUAAAUUCAAAUAAAAACCCCGUGCCUGCUAAGCCUGAUGCCAUUUUUCCACCCCACAGCCGGUCUACGCUUACCAUCUGUUUAGACAUAUCCGACGGUCCAGAUUUCAUCUCCCUGGAAACACACCCUUCCUCUUCCCCAACGAAAUCAUCGCCCUCCCUUACCCUUUUUCUCCCAAAAUUAGCCCCCACCUCCUUCCUCCUCUCUUUCCUCUUAACGCCACAGUCUUACCUUUCCUCGCGAUUCAAUUCCAGCCCCAGAAGAAGACGAAAAAAGGAGAAAUACCUGCUCGAAAAACAAAAAAAAAAAGAAGGAAAAACACCACCCAACCAGGAAUCAAAAUCCAGAUCUAGCUCUCUCUCUACAGUCAAUCUCCUUCACGAUGGCAACUUCGGCUCGCGAAGAGAACGUCUACAUGGCCAAGCUCGCCGAGCAGGCCGAGCGCUACGAGGAGAUGGUUGAGUUCAUGGAGAAGCUCUCGGCCUCCAUCGACGGCGAGGAACUCACAGUCGAGGAGCGUAACCUUCUCUCUGUCGCCUACAAGAAUGUGAUCGGCGCCCGUCGCGCCUCCUGGCGCAUCAUUUCCUCCAUCGAGCAGAAGGAGGAGAGCCGCGGCAACGAGGACCACGUCAACAUGAUCCGCGACUACAGGACUAAGAUCGAGACCGAGCUCUCCAACAUCUGCGACGGGAUCUUGAAGCUGCUCGACACCAGGCUCAUCCCUUCCGCCGCCGCCGGCGACUCCAAGGUCUUUUACCUCAAGAUGAAGGGCGAUUACCACAGGUACCUUGCUGAGUUCAAGACCAGCGCCGAGAGGAAGGAGUCCGCUGAGAGCACCCUCACUGCUUACAAAUCUGCUCAGGAUAUUGCAAACGCUGAACUGGCUCCAACCCACCCCAUCCGGCUCGGAUUGGCUCUCAACUUCUCAGUCUUCUACUAUGAGAUCCUCAAUUCUCCUGAUCGCGCCUGCAACCUCGCCAAACAGGUUAGCUACCAUCACACCUUUGUUCUUGGGAAUUGUUUAGGCGAGACAAGAGUAGGUGGUACUACGAUUGUGCUAUUGCCAUGGACUUUAACCAGCGGAUUAGCCUCCCGCCAUUUACGUUCUCUGCUACAGCUGUUUUACGUUUGCCUCGACCACAAACGCCACCUUAUUUUUCCCUUCCUGUUGGCUGUUCUGAACUGUCUCCCUUGGCAGGCAUUCGAUGAAGCAAUCGCUGAGUUGGAUACCUUGGGCGAGGAAUCCUACAAGGACAGCACUUUGAUCAUGCAACUUCUCCGCGAUAAUCUCACCUUGUGGACCUCCGAUAUGCAGGACGACGGUGCGGACGAGAUCAAGGAGGCAGCAUCUGCGCCCAAAGGUGGCGAGGAGCAGCAGUGAAGCCUUCGCCGCUCGGAGCUGGGGAAUGCAAAUUAAAGCUCAACUUUCUCCUCUAAGCUUUUUAACUCGGAGAAGGUGUGGCGAGUGCCUCUUUUGUUACUUCCAGGUUUUAGGCAAAAAAAUUAAUUAUUCCUGCCUUGGCUUUGGAUUGUGGAACGGACCAAGCCGUUCUUUUCUUUUUCCUCCUCCGUUUUCACCUUUCAUUUUUUUUUCUUUAUUUUAAUUGUAGUUUGUCGUUUUCUACCGAGCCCACCCCUCAAAUGUGUCUCUUUUUUCCGGAUUGAAGCUUUUUAUUAAUAUAAAUAUGCAUUGCUGUGUUGUCAUCCUCAGCUGUUGUUUUUUUUUUUUUUUUUUUUUUACAAAGAGACUCUGCAUUAUCCCCAAAAGCCAAGCCAAAGGUUAUAGAAGUGGGAAAUUUACAUUAAGGUCUAAGGAUGGUGAUCCAAACAUCCAAAUCAACU